AAAAAUAAAAAAAAAAUCACUUUUCGAUCUCAAUUUUCAUUUCCCUUCUCUCUCCCUCUAAAAACUCACACUCUCCCAUCACAGCGGGAGAGAGGAGCAAGCAAAACUAUAGCCCUAUACCUACACCAUCUCGCUGUAUAUCCUAGGUACUUUCGCCCACACUUUUUAAUUGCCAGAUCUGACUUAUUGAAUAUUUUUCUAGGUGAUUGGGAUACUUGGUUGAUUAAACGAUGUUAACGAAAUUUGAGACGAAGAGUAAUCGAGUGAAAGGAUUGAGUUUUCAUCCUAAAAGACCAUGGAUCCUUGCGAGUUUACACAGUGGUGUGAUUCAACUUUGGGAUUACAGAAUGGGAACUCUUAUUGAUAGAUUUGAUGAACAUGAUGGACCUGUUCGUGGUGUUCAUUUUCAUAAUUCGCAGCCAUUGUUUGUCUCUGGAGGAGAUGAUUAUAAGAUUAAAGUCUGGAACUACAAGAUGCAUCGAUGCUUGUUUACCCUUCUUGGACAUCUUGAUUACAUCCGUACGGUUCAAUUUCAUAACGAAUCCCCUUGGAUAGUUAGUGCUAGUGAUGAUCAAACAAUUAGAAUAUGGAACUGGCAGUCUCGUACUUGCAUCUCUGUUUUGACUGGCCACAACCAUUAUGUUAUGUGCGCCUCCUUUCAUCCUAAGGAGGACUUGGUUGUCUCGGCUUCCUUGGACCAGACUGUUCGUGUAUGGGACAUAGGUGCGCUGCGGAAAAAGUCGGUAUCCCCAGCAGAUGAUAUAUUGAGGUUGAGUCAGAUGAACACAGAUUUGUUUGGUGGGGUUGAUGCCGUUGUAAAGUAUGUCUUGGAAGGUCAUGACCGGGGGGUCAACUGGGCUGGAUUCCACCCAAGCCUGCCUCUGAUUGUUUCUGGAGCAGAUGAUCGCCAAGUGAAAUUGUGGCGCAUGAAUGAUACAAAGGCAUGGGAAGUAGACACAUUGAGAGGGCAUAUGAAUAAUGUCUCGUGUGUUAUGUUCCACGCUAAGCAGGACAUUAUCGUGUCCAAUUCAGAGGACAAAAGUAUUCGUGUGUGGGAUGUAACAAAGCGAACUGGUGUUCAAACAUUUCGCAGAGAACACGACCGGUUCUGGAUUCUUGCAUCACAUCCAGAGAUGAAUCUGCUUGCUGCUGGUCAUGAUAGUGGUAUGAUUGUUUUUAAGUUGGAGAGAGAAAGGCCGGCUUUCUCCACCAGCGGUGACAGUUUGUACUAUGUCAAAGAUCGUUUCUUGCGUUUCUAUGAGUUCUCAACUCAAAAGGACACACAAAUGGUUCCAAUCCGACGACCUGGCUCGACUAGCUUGAAUCAAAGCCCAAAAACCCUAUCUUACAGUCCUACAGAGAAUGCUGUUUUGGUUUGUUCAGAAAUUGAUGGGGGGUCUUAUGAACUUUAUAUUGUACCUAAAGACACCGGCAGGGGAGAUACUAUGCAAGACGCUAAAAAAGGAAUUGGCGGAUCAGCUGUUUUUGUAGCACGGAAUAGGUUUGCUGUUAUUGACAAGAGCAACAACCAAGUUUUAAUCAAAAACCUUCAAAAUGAGAUGGUGAAGAAGUGCAGUCUUCCCAUGUCCGCAGAUGCAAUAUUCUAUGCAGGGACAGGUAAUUUGCUGUGCAGGGCAGAGGAUAGAGUGGCCAUCUUCGAUCUCCAGCAGAGACUCAUUCUUGGUGAACUUCAAACUCCCUUCAUUAAGUACGUUGUUUGGUCAAUUGACAUGGAGAGUGUUGCGUUACUUAGCAAACACGCUAUUGUAAUUGCUAGCAAGAAACUCGUGCAUAGGUGCACCCUUCAUGAAACUAUUCGUGUGAAGAGUGGAGCCUGGGAUGACAAUGGUGUUUUCAUAUAUACAACCCUGAACCACAUUAAGUAUUGUCUUCCGAAUGGAGAUAAUGGAAUCAUUAAGACACUCGACGUGCCAAUAUACAUCACCAAGGUUACUGGUAAUACCAUAUUUUGCUUGGAUCGUGAUGGAAAGAGUCGUGCAGUAGUUGUUGAUACAACAGAAUAUGUAUUCAAGUUAUCUCUGCUGAGGAAGAAGUAUGAUCAGGUUAUGAGCAUGAUCAGAAACUCGCAACUCUGCGGACAAGCCAUGAUUGCCUAUCUGCAUCAGAAAGGUUUUCCUGAAGUUGCUCUCCAUUUUGUGAAGGAUGAAAAGACUCGUUUUAACUUGGCGCUGGAGAGUGGUAACAUCCAGAUUGCUGUUGCCUCAGCGAAGGAGAUUGACGAGAAAGAUCACUGGUAUAGGUUGGGUGUGGAAGCACUUCGUCAGGGUAAUGCAGGCAUUGUGGAAUAUGCAUACCAGAGAACAAAGAACUUUGAUAGGCUUUCCUUCCUGUAUCUUGUAACUGGGAAUAUGGAUAAGUUGUCAAAAAUGUUGAAGAUCGCCGAGGUUAAGAAUGAUGUAAUGGGUCAGUUUCACAAUGCCCUGUAUCUUGGCGACAUCCGUGAGCGUGUCAAAGUUUUGGAGAACGCCGGUCAAUUUUCUCUUGCUUAUGUUACAGCUGCUGUUCAUGGACUCUUUGACGAUGCUGAAAGACUGGCUGAUCAGCUGGGGGAUAAUGUUCCCUCUUUGCCGGAGGGGAGAACAUCUUCCCUUUUGAUUCCACCUGCACCCAUCUUAUGUGGUGGAGAUUGGCCCUUGUUGAGGGUCAUGAAAGGCAUCUUCGAUGGUGGUCCUGAUGUGGAAAGAGGACAGGAAGAAUAUGAAGAAGCCGAUGAGGCGGAUUGGGGAGAAAACUUAGAUAUUGAUGGUGCGGAUGACGCACAGAAUGAAGAUGGAGUAGUGGUGCGUGAAAAUGGGGAAGUAAAUGAGGAAAAUGACGAAGAUGGAGGAUGGGAACUUGAGGAUCUAGACCUUCCACCAGAGCUUGAUACUCCAAUUACCUCAACAAAUACUCGGUCAACUGCAUUUGUAAUCCCAGCUCCAGGUAUGCCUGUAAGUCAGAUAUGGAUUCAGAAAUCAUCCCUUGCUGGUGAGCAUGCGGCGGCUGGCAAUUUCGACACUGCAAUGCGCUUGUUGAACAGACAACUGGGCAUCAAAAAUUUUGCUCCUAUGAAGUCCAUGUUUCUCGAUCUUCACAAUGGAACUCAAUCCUAUGUGCGUGCUUGUUCCUCUGCUCCUGUGAUCACCUUGGCAGUAGAGAGAGGGUGGAGUGAGUCCGUGAGCCCUAAUGUGAGAGGCCCACCAGCUUUGGUGAUCAAGUUUUUUCAGCUGCAUGAGAAACUCAAUGCUGCUUAUAAACUUACAACAAGUGGGAAAUUUUCAGAAGCUUUACACCUUUUCCUUGGUAUUCUACACUCCAUCCCCUUAAUCGUUGUGGAUUCAAGAAGGGAGGUUGAUGAAGUCAAGGAGUUGAUCAUUAUAGCGAAGGAGUACGUCCUGGGUUUGCAAAUUGAGCUGAAGAGGAGGGAGACGAGAGACAACCCUGUUCGUCAGCAGGAAUUAGCAGCUUACUUCACACACUGUAACCUUCAGAUGGCUCACUUGAGACUGGCCUUGACGAAUGCAAUGGGAAUUAGUUUCAAGGCAAAGAACUUCAUUACGGCAGCAAACUUUGCUAGGCGGCUCUUGGAGACAAACCCUACUAACGAGGUUCAAUCAAGGAAAGCAAGACAAGUACUGGCAAGCGCGGAAAGGAACGCAAAUGAUGCAGCCCAACUAAAUUAUGAUUUCAGAAACCCAUUUGUGAUAUGUGGAGCAACACAUGUGCCAAUAUACCGUGGACAGAAAGACGUCGCAUGUCCUUACUGUAGUGCAAAAUUUGUUCCAUCUCAGGAGGCUAAGAUAUGUGCUGUUUGCGGUCUUGCCGUGGUUGGAUCAGAUGCAUCUGGUCUACUAUGUUCUCCUUCCCAGAUAAGAUGAUUACAAUGAAUGUGCCUUAAAAACGAGAGGAGUACUAUGUCCACACACAUGGGUAAUAAGUAGCAGUAGUUAUGUGAAUGUUCUUAUUUUUGUUCUUGCAAAAUCAUAGAUGGUGAUAUUAAAUAUGGAGUUUAGUUCCAUUUGAUUGCUUUUUUCUUUAUUUUUUUCCGGAAGGUACGUCUUUCCUCUUUUUCAUUUUUCCUUUAUAUGAGUAUGAUUUACUGUAAUAACAAAUUUGAGAAUUUUGAUUAGUCUCGGACUUUUUUUCUCGUUUA